AUGACUAGAAUAACGUUAUUUGAACUGAAAUUGAUGGCAGAACUAGGAAGUGGAGACACAGCUGUGGUACCAUCACUUGCUGAUGUGGGUAAGGAAGAGCCUUGCAACGAAGAAAACAACGACAAUUGUUUGCCAGAAAGUGUUCAGGGGGAAGAGCAUAAAGAAGAGUAUGAAAACAACAGUGAAGACACUGAAGAGGAGAACCAAGAAGAUGAAGAUGUUGCAGAUGAUGAAGAGCACUGUAAUGAAGUGAAUGGGGAUGAAAGACUGAAAGAGUAUACUGACGAAGAAUUGGAGCAGGAUGAAGAGGAAUUGGAAGUUAUAUCGCCACUUAUAAUUGCAAGGUCGGAGAGUUUACCAGGACUGACAUCAGAAUUGCAUCAAAAAGCUUUACAAAUAAAGCAGUGGAAGACAUCAUCUGAUCACAGACUGAAGCAAAGGGAACAAGAAUUGGAAGAUGCUCAAAAUAUUAUUGAUGAACAAGGUGCAGCGAUGGAGGAAUUACAGUUAAUAAAUAGAAACUUGACAGCCAAAAUGGAAGAGCUUGCCGAAGAGCAGGAAAGCUUUCAGUACAAGACAGAGGCGUGUGAAUCUUGUGCUACUCUCAAAGCAGAGUUCUUUAAAUUAGACGAGAGACUAAUAGACUGCAUACAUGAACGAGAUGCCUUACGAGAGACGGACAGAAUCAGGAGAGAAAACUUUGAGAUCCGUGAGCUAUCAGAACAAAGCAAACAGAAAGAUAAUGAGAUCCGUACAUUGACUCGCAAACUGACUGACAGCAUCAAUAAAAAUGCUAUUUUGGAUGAAGAAUAUGUAAUUUUACACAAUGUCCUCAAGGAGACAGAGGAGGUGGUCAAAUCACAGCAGGACCAGCUUAAUUAUUGCCAUACAACAUUGAAAAGAAAUCAAAAUGAAAUAUCAAAGUUGUCAGAAACUCGGAUUGAGCUAAUGAAAAAGUGUGAAGAAUUUGAGGAUAACGACCGGGACAUGCAGACAGUGGUGCAAGCACUUAACGACAACAUUUCUGAGCUGGCCAAUGAGCGAGAGACCUUAUGCAAUGAAAUCAAAACUCUCAGUAGUCACGUCUUCAGCAAAAGUAAAAAGAUUGCAGAAGUAAAAAAAGACUUGAAGCAUAAGAAGAAACUCAUUAAGAAAAUCAGUGGUGUUGCUAACAAGUCAUAUGAUGCAGAAGAGGGAUUGGACCAUGGCAAUUUUAUAACACCCAUUCAUAGUGAUAUUGAUAAAUUCAUUGAGGAUGAAAUAAAUGCAUACUACACCAUGCCUCAUUUAAUCUCAUCAUCCCCUCAACAGGACGAUGAGAGAGAACACUGUUUCCUUCAAAAAGAUGAGGUAAAAGAGUCUUAUUAUGCUUCAAAACGAAACUCAACUCCUUUGCAGAUUCUGAGAAGUGUUCAAGCUGACAAGCAUUCUAAACUGAAAGAAGUUUAUGAACCACCUUCAAGGAGCAAUGCAGGCAAUGGCUCUGAUGAAUUGCAGACAGAUGUUUCGAAAGAGAGACUUCGUAGAGGAGAACGACAGCCUUUAAUCCAAUCUACUCGUCGUAAGAGUUACCAUGGAGGGAAAGUGCUAGGACUCAAAGAGGGGUUGAGACACCACAGACCUCGAUAUUCACUUUAUGGUGGAGAAAAAGAAAAUGUGAGACCAGCUGAAGAUUUAGAGUGCGCUACUGAAAGAGAUAAAGACGAGAAGAAGAAGGGAGUCAGAAAGCUCAGUUUCGAUGCCAGUAAGUUUGAAAAAAUAAUUAAUGAAUAUGGUCAAAAAAGUGAAACAGAUAAUGGAGUUUUGAAAGUAGCUAAGUGGGCUUACUCUGCCCAAAGAAGGUGUCACCAGCCGCCACAAGUCAAAGAAAAUGACGUCAAGCCAGGGUUUAGGAAGAUGAGGCGAAGACACAGCGGUGCUGAUGAGAAAGAGGUUCAAGCUGCUGCCGAAGACUGGAUUCACAGACAAGUCUUCACAGCUGAUGAUGAAGUAGAUAAUGAUAAAUUGCCAUUCUCACCUCCAUUUGCAUUUAAUUCCAAUGAUAACCCAACCACAGAAAGUGAAAACCAAACAGCAGAUGGUGUGUCAAUUGUAAGUCAGACGUCUAGUCAGCUGAGCUACAUCGAUGCUGAGGGAGAACUAUUACGUAAACAAGAGAUGGAGUCUUACAUCAUCAGGUCAAAAAACAGGACAUGGCAGAAUGUAUAUGUUGUUCAGCAAGGAAAGUUGCUUCACUUCUAUGAAGACCAGUACAACAGGAACAUGGGAACCUCUUUAAAUUGCGAACCCCCGAUGGAUCUGACGCACGCACAGAUUACAGUGGCUGGCGACUAUACCAAGAAGAAGCAUGUGUUUAGGAUCAGACAACCCUCAGGAGCCCAGUAUAUAUUCCAAGCCAGAGACAACCCAGAAAUGAUGUUCUGGUUGUGCAGCCUUGAUGCUGUUACUCAUGAUAGAGAUGAAGCCACAGCACCAUACGGGGCAAACUAUCCACUGCAUAUCAUGGAAAACACAAGCCCUUCCUCGGCUGCCCCAGGCUCUUCAGAAAAACCCAACAUGUGGAAAAAAUUCCUCAAGACCGUCACACCGGUUAAAAAGAAACAGUAA